UUUCCUGGCAUCUUGCAUUUCUUCCUUCGAUUUUCUCUCCCUCAUUAUUUCCAGCUGUUCACUUGGCUCUCAGCAGCAUCUGCCACUGUCCCCAGUUGUAGAAUGUUAGGUUUGAAUGAUUUUUCCAUCAGAAUUCUGCAGCUAGUGUUCUGCUGCGUUUAGAAUCUAUGGUUGCUACCAAGGAGACGGAAGCCAUGAGGAUCCCUGGUCCUUAGGACUUCUUGAAUGCUGUGAUUUUUUUUUAAUGGCCUCUUCAGAAGGGUGACAAGAGAGGAGGGCCAGGUGUUUAUAAAGUGGCCUGGGACCCUCACUGUAAUCUUCCUCUCUACCUGAGGGCCACCUCCGAGGUCCCCUAUGGCUCCUCCAGUUUGGACUCUGGUGCUGCUGGUGGGGGCUGCCUGGGGCCAGGACCAAAUGGCUGCCCUUGUGCGACAGACCUCUCCGGACCGGAAAUCGAUGGUGCACACUUCGAGGGAGAAUUCCAUUCUCUCGAGCUGUGACUUUGAAGAUAAUACCAGACCUUUCUGCGAUUGGUCUCAAAUGUCUGCAGAUGAUGGGGACUGGGUUCGAACUAUUGGGCCCUCCUCUUCUGGCACUUCUGGCCCCCCAGGGGGCUACCCUAAUGGAGAGGGUUACUACCUGCACAUGGAUGCCAGAAACUUCCCUCGGGGCGGAGUGGCACGCCUGCGUAGCCCCGACAUAUGGGAGCAAGGCCCACUCUGCAUCCAUUUUGCCUACCACAUGUUUGGGCUGUCAUGGGGUGCCCAGCUCAGACUGCUGCUGCUCAGGGGCCGGAAGCACCACCGGCCCAAUGUUCUCUGGAAACACGUUAACACCCAGAGUCCCUCUUGGAUGCCCACCACUGUCAAUGUGCCAGCAAAUCGUGAUAUACCAAGCUGGCUGAUGUUUGAGGGUAUGAGGGGAAACACCGCCUACCUGGACAUCUCUCUGGAUGGCCUCUCUAUCCGGCGGGGUACCUGCAAUCGGAUCUGCAUGUCCCAGAUGUGUACCUUUGAUACUCUAAAUGAUCUCUGCGGCUGGAGCUGGGUCCCAACUGCCACCGGGGCCAAAUGGACCCAGAAGAAGGGAUCAUCGGGGAAGCUGGGCGUGGGGCCUAUUGAUGACUUCUCUAGCCCUGGCAGUGGCUACUACAUGCUCCUGGACCCUACUAAUGCAAGGCCAGGACAGAAAGCUGUACUUCUGAGUCCCCUGAGCCAUUCCAGCGGCUGUCUGACCCUCUCUUUCCACUACAUAAUGCGUGGCCAGUCUGAUGGCGAAGGCCUUUUCGUCUAUGCUACGUUCUUGGGCAACAUCCGGAAACAUACUCUCUUCUCAGGACACCAUGGACCCACCUGGCAGGCGGUGUCUGUCAAUUAUACAGGACAGGGACUGUUACAGUUCAUGGUGGUGGGUGUGUUUGGAGAGACGCCAGAGCCAGCAAUAGCGGUGGACGGCAUCAGCAUCGCUCCCUGUGGGGAGAAUUUUCCCCAGUGCAACUUUGAAGACAAAGCCCAUCCUUUCUGUGACUGGAACCAUGUGUUGGGAGACAUCGGACACUGGAGCUGGGGAAGUAAAAGUGUACCCACCCCCAUCUCAGGGCCCCUAAGAGAGUUCCCAUACGGAGGGGAGCAUUAUAUUUACUUCGAUUCAGUCAAGUUAUCCCAGGCAGGACAGUCUGCCAAAUUGGUGAGUCCACCCUUCUGUGCCCCUGGGGACAUCUGUGUGAUGUUUGCGUACCACAUGUAUGGCCUUGGAGAAGGAACAUCGCUCAAGCUCCUGCUGGGGAGUCCUGCGGGCAGUUCUCCCAUUUCUCUGUGGAGCCGUGUUGGGUCUCAGAGCACUGGCUGGGUAAACAGCUCUAUCACCAUCUCUAAGGGACAUCAGCAGCCCAUGCAGUUGUUUCUUGAGGCCACCCGGGGUACCAGCACUGCUUUUGUCGUUGCUGUGAAUUUCAUCUUGAUCACUCAUGGCCCAUGUCGGGGUAAGAUGAAAUUCAAGGGCCCAGCUUCCUCCCUGCCUCAAUACAAGGAAAGAACCUACUAUGAUUGUGUCUUUGAUGGCAUGAGUUUCUGCGGCAGGAUCCACAACUCUUCCUUCUCUAGUGGUGUUGAAGGAGCAACCACUGUUCCCACUGAAGAGACCACGGCCUCCACAGAAACGACCACUGUCACCACUGAACAGACCAGUGCCCCUGUUCAAGAGGCCACAGUCUUCUCAGAAAUGACUACUGUCCUGUCUGAAGACAUCACUGCCCUCAUUGGAGAGACCAUGGCCUCCACAGAAACGACUACUGUCCUAACUCAAGAGACCACUCUCUCCACAGAAGAGACCAGUGUCCCUCCUGAGGAGACCACCGCCCCUACAGAAGUGACCACUGCCCCCACAGAAGUGACUGCUGUCCCCACUGAAGAAACCACUAUUCCCACAGAAGUGACCAUAGCCUCCACAGAAGUGACCACAGUCUCCACAGAAAUAACCAGCACCACUACAGAAGUGACCACCAUCUCUCCUGAGGAGACUAGCGUUCCUCCUGGGGAGACUAGCGUUCCUCCUGGGGAGACCACCACCCUUACAGGAGUGACCACUGUGUCUCCUGAAGAGACCAGUGUCCCUCCUGAGGAGACCACCACCCUUACAGGAGUGACCACUGUGUCUCCUGAAGAGACCGGUGUCCCUCCUGAGGAGACCACCACCCUUACAGGAGUGACCACUGUGUCUCCUGAAGAGACCGGUGUCCCUUCUGAGACGACCACCACCCUUCCUGAAGGGACCAUUGUCUCCACUGAACAGUCCACUGUCUAUACAGAGCAAUCUACUGUCAUGAAUAUGUCCACAAUAUGUAACCCACCCUGUCUGAGCCCUUCACAGGUUCCAGGUGUCCCGAUGCUCGACAUGACUCCAGCUAUAGGUAUACCUACCACGGAGAGCUGCCCUCCAAAUGCCCACUUUGAGUCAUGCGCGUGCCCUGCAUCCUGUGAGAGCCCUAAGCCCAGCUGCCAGUCCCCCUGCAAUCCUGGCUGUGUCUGCAAUCCUGGAUUUUUGUUUAGUAAAAAUCAAUGCAUCAAUGAGUCUUUCUGCAAUUGCUUCUACAGCAACAAGUACUAUACGCCUGGGGAAGAAUGGUUCAGUCCCAAUUGCACAGAACGGUGCCGCUGCUUGGUUGGUAGCCGGUUGGAGUGCCAGAUCUCUCAGUGCGCGGCACACACUGUAUGCCAGCUGAAGAAUGACAAGUAUGAAUGCCAGCCCUAUGGUAGUGCCACCUGCCUGGUCUAUGGGGACCUUCAUUUUGUGACCUUUGAUGAGAGGCACAUUGGCUUCACAGGAACAUGUACCUACAUCUUGACCCAAACCUGUGACAACUCUACAGACCCAUUCUUUAGGAUAACAGCAAGUGCCCAAGAACGGGGAGUAGAAGGUGUAUCCUCCCUGGAUAAAGUUUUCAUCACCUUGCCAGAGACUACUAUUACCAUGAUCAGGGGCAGACACACACUGAUUGGGGAUCAGAGAGUCUCUCUCCCAGCAAUACCUUCUAAUAGCAUCUUUGUGGGUCUAAGUGGGCGAUUUGUGGAACUGAGGACGACAUUUGGUUUGCGUGUGAGAUGGGAUGGUGACCAGCAGCUUUUUGUGACUGUGUCCAGUGCCUAUGCAAACAAACUCUGUGGUUUCUGUGGGAACUAUGACGGGGACAGCAGCAAUGAUAACCAGAAGCCAGAUGGCACCAUGAUAAAUGAUGAGGAUGAGCUGGGGAGGAGCUGGCAGCUGGAAGAUGAAGAGGACAAUGAUCUUGCUGACUGCUUUGGUUGGGUCUCUUCCAGGUGUCAGAACGAGAACAACCCCCCAUCUUGUGACUCAGCCUUGGGGAGAACUAUGUUGGGGCCCAACUUAUGCGGCCAGCUUGUUGACCCAAGAGGAACCUUUGAGGCAUGCCUGUUCCACAUGAAGGCCUCAUCCUUCUUGGAUAACUGCUUAACGGACAUGUGUAGCUUCCAGGGGCUCCAGCAGAUGCUCUGUGUUCAUAUGUCAGCCAUGACUGCCACCUGCCAAGAAGCCGGCUAUGCCGUGAGGCCCUGGAGGAGACCCCAGUUCUGCCCCUUGGUAUGCCCUCAAAACAGCAGGUACUCCCUGUGUGCCAAGCCAUGUCCGGACACCUGCCAUCCUGGCUCUGCUCUCCAGCCCUGCCCAGAAGAGUGUGUGGAAGCCUGCGAGUGUGACCCUGGCUUUGUCCUCAGUGGUUUCGAGUGUGUCCCUCGAUCAAAGUGUGGGUGCACCAACAUUGAGGGACGCUACUUCGAGAUACAGGAGCAGUGGUUUAACCCAGACUGCAAAGAGAUCUGCACUUGUGAAGCUAACAACAAUAUCCGCUGCCAGCCCUGGUCGUGUAAGGCUCAGGAGGCCUGUAGCCAUAAGAAUGGCAUAUUAGGCUGUCAUGCCCAAGGUGCAGCCACCUGCAUUGCCUCAGGUGACCCCCACUACCUGACAUUCGAUGGAGCUUUGCAUCAUUUUAUGGGCACCUGCACUUAUGUAAUGACCCAGCCUUGCUUGUCCAAUUUUCAAGAAAAUAACUUUCUUGUGAGCGUCACCAACGAGAUCCGUAAUGGCAACUUGGAAGUCUCCAAUGUCAAAGCUGUCCAUGUGCAGGUCUUUGACCUCAAAAUCUCCCUGUUCAAAGGUCGAAGGGUCGUGCUGAACAACCAACGGGUAGCACUACCUGUGUGGCCUUUGAAAGGACGGGUGACCAUUAGGUUGAGUGGCAUCUUUGUCCUGCUCUACACAAACUUUGGGCUUCAAGUUCGAUAUGAUGGAAACCACCUGGUGGAGGUGACAGUGCCUUCCUCAUACACUGGCUCACUCUGUGGGCUGUGUGGGAACUACAACAAUAACAGUUUGGAUGACAAUCUACGUCCAGACAGAAAGCCUGCAGGCAACUCACUUCUGCUGGGAGCUUCUUGGAAAAUACUUGAAGCCUCUGAGCCUGGCUGCUUUUUAGUCGGGGGCAAGUCCUCCAGCUGUGAAGAGAACAACAUGGAUGACACCUGGAUUAAAAAAUGCGCCAUCUUGAUGAACCCUGUUGGGCCUUUCUCCAAUUGCCACGAGGCAGUGCCCCCGCAGGCCAGCUUCUCCAGCUGUGUGUACGGCCAGUGUGGGACCAAAGGAGACACCCUGGCUCUGUGCCGCUCUCUGCAGGCCUAUGCAUCCCUGUGUGCCCAAGCUGGCCAGGUGACUACCUGGCGCAACAGCACCUUCUGCCCUCUGAGGUGCCCACCCGGGAGCAGCUACAACCCAUGUGCCAACCCCUGCCCAGCCACCUGCCUCACCCUCAGCACCCCAAAAGACUGUCCAGCCCUGCCCUGUGUCGAGGGCUGUGAAUGCCAGAAAGGCCACAUCCUGAGUGGAACCACCUGUGUGCCCCUCAGACAGUGUGGCUGCAGCGACCAGGGCGGCUCCUACCACCUGUUGGGGGAGAGCUGGUACACAGAGAAGACCUGCACCACCCUCUGCACGUGCUCGGGCCACAGCAAUGUCACCUGCAGCCCCACGGCCUGUGAGGCCAACCAAGUGUGCUUGCGCCAGGAUGGGCUGCUGCGCUGUGCUGCAGAGAUGGGAGAGUGUCACGUCUCAGAGGAUUCUCAGAUCGUGAGCUUCGAUGGCCAUAGCCAUCCUAUCCAAGACAUGUGUACUUACAUCUUGGUCAAAGUGUGCCACCCCAACACGAACCUGCCUUUCUUCACGAUCAGUGCCAAGAUUGACAAGGAUACCCGCAGUAAAACCAAGACUUUCAGUGUCUAUCAGAUAUACAUUGACAUAUUCAGCUUCCGAGUAACUCUGCAAAAAAACCAUUUAGUCCUGAUCAAUGACACACAGGUCACCCUUCCUGCCAUGACCCAGAUCCCAGGAGUCAGCAUCACCACUGAAGACGUCUAUACCAUUGUUACAAUUAAGGAUGAAGUUCAAGUCAAAUUUGAGAGCAACAGUUUCUUAGAUGUCAAAAUCCCUGCAUCCUCUAAUGGAAAGGUCUGCGGUGUGUGUGGGAACUUCAAUGGUGAAGAAGAGGACGAACUCAUGACAUCUAGUGAUGAACUAGCCCAGGAUGAGCAGGAGUUCAUGGAUAGCUGGAAAGAUGAGGAGAUCGACCCAAAUUGCCAGAAAAUCGAAGAGCAGAACAUUCAAGUGGAACAGCAGGAGAUCAUGAAUGGAAAAUGCAGGCCCAACGACUUCGAGAAAGCCCAAGAAAACUGCCAAGCUGUGCUCCAGGGGCCUACCUGGGUCCAGUGUGCUUCCCGGGUACCCCUCAAGCCCUUCCUGCUGGGAUGUAUGAACAACUUCUGUGAGUUCCGAGAACUCUUCCGUGCCCUCUGUGAGGCCCUGCAGUCCUUCCAGGAUGCCUGCCAGAACCAGGGGCUCAAGCCACCCAUCUGGAGGAACAGCAGCUUCUGCCCUCUGGAAUGCCCAGCUCACAGUCACUACACCAACUGCCUUCCCUCCUGUCCACCUUCCUGCUUGGAUCCAGACAGCCGGUGUGAGGGCUCUGGCCACAAAGUCCCUGCCACUUGCAAGGAGGGCUGCAUCUGCCAACCUGGCUAUGUGCUGAAUAAUGACAAGUGUGUGCUCAAAACUCACUGUGGCUGCAAAGAUGCCCAGGGUGUCUUCGUCCCGGCAGGCAAGACUUGGAUGUCCACGGGCUGUACCCAGACAUGUGCCUGCACGAGAGGGGCCAUCAGGUGCCGGAACUUCCAAUGUCCCUCGGGGACUUACUGCAAGAACGACAAUGAUGGCAGCAGUAACUGUGUCAAAAUCACUCUGCAGUGCCCAGCGCACAGCCAGUACACCAACUGCCUUCCCUCCUGCCUGCCUUCAUGUGUGGACCCGGAAGGACACUGUGAGGGCGCCAACACCAAAGACCCCUCCACCUGCAAGGAGGGCUGUGUCUGCCAGCCUGGCUACGUGCUAAAUAAUAACAAGUGUAUGCUCAAAAUUGAGUGUGGCUGCCAAGACACCCAGGGUGUCUUCAUCCCAGCAGGCAAGAGCUGGAUCUCCAGAGGCUGUUCCAGGAGCUGUAACUGCAUGGGAGGGGUCAUUCGAUGCCAGGAAUUCCAGUGUCCCUCAGGGACUUACUGCCAGGACACUGAGGGUGACACCAGUAACUGUGCCAAAGCCAGUGAGCAGUGCCCUGCCCAUAGCCUGUACACCAACUGCCUACCUUCUUGUGUGGCUUCCUGCUUGGACCCUGAAGGCCACUGUGAUGGCACCAGCACUAAAGCCCCCUCCAUCUGCAAGGAGGGCUGUGUCUGCCGAUCUGGUUUUGUGAUGCAUAAAAAUAAGUGUAUGCUCAGAAUUCUGUGUGGCUGCAAAGAUGCCCAGGGUACUCUCAUCCCGGAAGAUAAGACCUGGAUCAACAGAGGCUGCACCCAGAUCUGUACCUGCGUGGGAGGAGUCAUCCACUGCAGGAAUUUCAAGUGCCCUCCAGGGACUUACUGCAAGGACAUCGAGGACGGCAACAGUAACUGCACCAAAAUCACUCUGCAGUGUCCAGCCCAUACCCUCUACACCAGCUGCCUUCCCUCCUGCCUGCCUUCUUGCUCGGACCCAGAUGGCCUCUGUAGGAGCAUCAGCCCUAAAGGCCCCUCCACCUGCAAGGAGGGCUGCAUCUGUGGAUCUGGCUACGUGCUGCAUAAGGACAAGUGUAUGCUCAGAAUUCGGUGUGGCUGCAAAGAUGCCCAGGGUGCUCUCAUCCCGGCAGAUAAGACCUGGAUCAACAGAGGCUGCACCCAGAGCUGUACCUGUGCGGGAGGGGCCAUCCUGUGUAGGAAAUUUCAGUGUCCCUCAGAGACUUACUGCAAGGACAUCGAAGACGGCAACAGUAACUGCACCAAAAUCACUCUCCAGUGCCCAGCCCACAGCCACUACACCAACUGCCUUCCCUCCUGUCAACCAUCCUGCUCUGACCCUGAUGGCCGCUGUUUGGGCACCAUCACCAAAGCCACCUCCACCUGCAAGGAGGGCUGCGUCUGUCAGUCUGGCUACGUGCUGCAUAAUGACAAGUGUAUACUCAGAAUUCAGUGUGGCUGCAAAGAUGCCCAGGGUGUUCUCAUCCCGGCAGAUAAGACCUGGAUCAACAGAGGCUGCACUCAGAGCUGUACCUGCAUGGGAGGGGUCAUCCAGUGCCAGAAUUUCCACUGUCCCUCAGGGACUUACUGCAAGGACACCGAGGACGGCAACAGUAACUGUGCCAAAAUCACUCUGCAGUGUCCUGCCCACAGCCGUUACACCAACUGCCUUCCCUCCUGUCAACCAUCCUGCUCGGACCCAGAAGGCAACUGUUUGGGCUCCAGUACCAAAACCCCCUCCACCUGCAAGGAGGGCUGUGUUUGUCUACCUGGCUUUGUGCUGUAUAACAACAAGUGUAUACUCAGAACUGAGUGUGGCUGCAAAGAUGCCCAGGGUGCCCUCAUCCCGGCAGAUAAGACUUGGAUCAACAGAGGCUGCACCCAGAGCUGUACCUGUGCGGGAGGGGCCAUCCUGUGUAGGAUAUUUCAGUGUCCCUCAGAGACUUACUGCAAGGACAUCAAGGACGGCAACAGUAACUGCACCAAAAUCACUCUGCAAUGUCCAGCCAACAGCCAAUUCACCAACUGCCUUCCCUCCUGUCAACCAUCCUGCUCUAAUAUGAAUGGCCACUGUGAGGACUCCAGCACCAAAGCCCCCUCCACCUGCAAGGAGGGCUGCGUCUGUCAAUCUGGCUACGUGCUGCAUAAUGACAAGUGUAUACUCAGAAAUCAGUGUGGCUGCAAAGAUGCCCAGGGUGCCCUCAUCCCGGAAGGCAAGACCUGGAUCACCAGAAAGUGUACUCAGAGCUGUAACUGCAUGGAAGGGGUCAUCCAGUGCAGGACUUUCCAGUGUCCCUCAGGGACCUCCUGCAUGAAUAGUGAUGACGACAACAGUAGCUGCAUCAAAAUCGCUCUGCAGUGCCCAGCCCACAGCCGCUAUACCAACUGCCUUCCCUCCUGUCCACCCUCGUGCUUGGACCCAGAGGGCCUCUGUGGCAGCACUAGUCCUAAAGCUCCCUCCACCUGCAAGGAGGGCUGCGUCUGUCGAUCUGGCUAUGUGCUGCAUAACGACAAGUGUAUGCUCAGAAUUCUGUGUAGCUGCAAAGAUGCCCAGGGUGCCCUCAUCCCAGCAGACAAGACCUGGAUCACCAGAGACUGUGCACAGAGCUGUACCUGUGUGGGAGGGAUCAUCCACUGCAGGAAUAUCCAGUGUCCCUCGGGGACUUACUGCAAGAACAGAGAUGAUGGCAGCAGUAACUGCACCAAAAUCAGUCUGCAAUGCCCAACCCACAGCCACUUCACGGGCUGCCUUCCCUCCUGCCUACCUUCUUGCUCCAACCACUGUGAGAUCACCAGCCCCAAAGUCCCCUCCGACUGCAAGGAGGGGUGUCUCUGCGACCAUGGCUUUGUGCUCAAUGAGGACAAGUGUAUGCCGAGAACUCAGUGUGGCUGCAAAGAUGCCAAGGGUGACUUCAUUCCGGCAGGCAAGACUUGGACCUCCCGAGGCUGCACUCAGACAUGUGCCUGCGUGGAAGGUGAUAUCCAGUGUCAGAAUUUCCAGUGUCCCUCGGGGACUCACUGCAAGGACAACAGUGAUGACAGUAGUACUUGCACCAAAAUCACUCUGCAGUGUCCAGCCCACACCCUCUACACCAGCUGCCUUCCCUCCUGUCUACCUUCCUGCUCGGACCCCGAGGCCCUCUGCAAAGACACCAAAUCUAAAGUCCCCUCCACCUGCAAGGAGGGCUGUGUCUGCCAACCUGGCUACGUGCUAAAUAACAACAAGUGUAUUCUUAGAGUUCAGUGUGGCUGCAAAGACUCCCAGGGUGCUCUCAUCCCGGCAGGCAAGACCUGGAUCUCCACGGGCUGUGCCCAGAGCUGUGCCUGCAUGGAAGGGACUGUUCAGUGCCAGAAUUUUCAGUGUCCCUCAGGGACUUACUGCAAGAACAAUAACGAAGGCAGCAGUGAUUGUGCUAAAAUAACUCUGAAGUGCCCGGCCCAUAGCCUGUUCACCAACUGCCUUCCCUCCUGUCUACCUUCCUGCUUGGACCCAGAAGGGCUCUGUAAGGGAACCAGUCCCAACGGCCCCUCCACUUGCAAGGAGGGCUGUGUCUGUCAACCUGGCCAUGUGUGGCAUAAUGACACAUGUAUACUCAGAAUUCAGUGUGGCUGCAAAGAUGCCCAGGGUGCUCUCAUCCCGGAAGGCAAGACCUGGGUCUCCAGAGGCUGCACCCAGAGCUGUACCUGUACAGGCAGGACCAUCCAGUGCCUGAGUUUCCAGUGUCCUUCAGGGACUUACUGCAAGAAGAGCAAUGAUGGCAGCAGUAACUGUGCUAAAAUCCCCCUACAGUGUCCAUCCAACAGCCAGUUCACCGACUGCCUUCCCCCAUGCCCACCCUCUUGCUUGGAUCCAGAGGGGCACUGUGAAGGCUCUGGCCCCAAAGGCCCCUCCACCUGCAAGGAAGGCUGCCUCUGCCACCCUGGAUUUGUGCUCAAUAAGGACAAGUGUUUGCCCAAAAUUCAGUGUGACUGCAAAGGUCCCCAGGGUGCUCUCAUCCCGGCAGGCAAGACCUGGACUCCCAAAGGCUGUACCCAGAGCUGUACCUGCAUGGGAGGGACUGUUGAGUGCCGGAGUUUCCAGUGUCCCUCGGGGACCUACUGCAAGGACAGCAAUGAUGGCAGCAGUGAUUGUGCUGAAAUACCUCUGCAGUGCCCGGCCCACAGCCACUACACCAACUGCCUUCCCUCCUGUCAACCUUCCUGCUCUGACCCUGAUGGCCGCUGUGAGGGCACCAGGCCUCAAGUCCCUUCUACCUGCAAGGAGGGCUGCUCGUGUCAACCUGGCUAUGUGCUGGCUAAUGGCACAUGUGUGCUCAAAAUUGAGUGUGGCUGCAAAGAUGACCGAGGCACUUUCAUUCCGGUAGGCAAGACCUGGAUUGCUACAGGCUGCACCCAGAGCUGUACCUGUGUGGAAGGGGCCAUCCAGUGCCAGAAUUUCCAGUGUCCCCAAGGGACCUACUGCAAGGGCAGCAAUGAUGGCAGCAGUAACUGUGCUGAAAUACCUCUGCAGUGCCCAGAUCACAGCCACUUCUCCAGCUGCCUUCCCUCCUGCCCACCUUCCUGUUUCAACCUGGAUGGCCACUGUGAGCAUACCAGUCCCAAAGUCCCCUCCACCUGCAAGGAGGGCUGCCUCUGCCAACCUGGCUACUUCCUGAAUAAUGGCAAGUGUGUGCUCCAAAUUCACUGUGACUGCAAAGAUGCCCAGGGUGGCCUCAUUCCGGCAGGCAAGACCUGGACCUCCAAGGGGUGCACCCAGAGCUGUACCUGCGCAGGAGGAGCUGUCCAAUGCCAGAGUUUCCAGUGUCCCUCGGGGACUUACUGCAAAGACAGUAGUGAUGGCAAUAGUAGCUGCGCCAAGAUCACUAUGCAGUGCCCCGCCCACAGCCAUUUCACCAGCUGCCUUCCCUCCUGUCCACCUUCCUGUUCAAUUCUGGAUGGCCACUGUGAGGAAUCCAGCUCCAAAGUCCCUGCAACCUGUAAGGAAGGCUGUAUCUGUCAACCUGGCUACUUGUUGAACAAUGACAAGUGUGUGCUCCGAAUUCAGUGUGGCUGCAAAGAUGUCCACGGUGGCCUCAUUCCGGCAGGUAAGACCUGGAUCAACAGAGGCUGCACAGAGACCUGUAACUGCAUGGGAGGGACUGUCCAGUGCAGGAAUUUCCAGUGUCCAUCAGAGACUUACUGCAAGGACAACAAUGAUGGCAGCAGUAACUGUGCCAAAAUCACUCUGCAAUGUCCAGCCCACAGCCGCUACACAAGCUGCCUUCCCCCAUGUCUACCUUCCUGUACUGAUCUGGAUGGUCUCUGUGGGGGCACCAGCCCCAAAGUCCCCUCCACCUGCAAGGAGGGCUGUCUCUGUCAACCUGGCUACUUCCUGAAUAAUGGCAAGUGUGUGCUCCAAAUUCACUGUGGCUGCAAAGAUGCCCAGGGUGGCCUCAUUCCGGCAGGCAAGACCUGGACCUCCAGGGACUGCGCCAAGAGCUGUACCUGCAUGGGAGGUGCUGUCCAAUGUCACAACUUCAGCUGCCCCCCAGGGACUCAGUGCCAGGAUGGCCGGGAUGGCAACAGUAUCUGCGCCAAAAUCAGUGUGCAGUGCCCGGCCCACAGCCGCUACACCAACUGCCUUCCUUCCUGUCCACCUUCCUGCUCGGACCCAGAGGGCCUCUGUGGGGGCACCAGGCCAAAAGCCCCCUCUACCUGCAAGGAGGGCUGUGUCUGUCGAUCUGGCUAUGUGCUGCAUAACGACAAGUGUAUGCUCAGAAUUCUGUGUAGCUGCAAAGAUGCUCAGGGUGCCCUCAUCCCGGUAAAUAAGAACUGGCUCUCCAGAGGCUGCACCCAGAACUGUACCUGCAUAGCAGGGAACAUUCGUUGCCAGAAUUUCCAGUGUCCCUCCGGGACUCGCUGCAAGGACAAUGUUGAUGGCAAUAGUAACUGUGCCAAAGGUACUCUGGAUUGCCCAGACCACAGCUACCACACCAACUGCCUUCCCUCCUGCAUCCCAUCCUGCUCCAACCUGAAUGAGCACUGUGAGGUCUCAGGUCUCAGAGUCCCCUCUACCUGCAAGGAGGGCUGCCUCUGUCAGCCUGGCUUUGUGCUCAGUAAGGACAAGUGUGUGCCCAAAACUGAAUGUGGCUGCAAAGACAUCCAGGGUGCCCUCAUUCCGGCAGGCAAGACCUGGCUUGUCACAGGCUGUUCCCAGAGAUGUGUCUGCAUGGGAGGACUUGUUCAGUGCCAUGACUUCAAGUGCCCCACAGGGACUCAGUGCCAGGACAUCGAGGACGGCAGCAGUGAUUGUACUGAAAACGCUCUCCAAUGCCCGGCCCACAGCCAAUUCACCAACUGCCUUCCCUCCUGUUUACCUUCCUGUUUGGAUCCUGAUGGGCACUGUAAGGGCACCAGCCCCAAAGUCCCAGCCGUCUGCAAGGCAGGCUGCCUCUGCCAACCUGGCUAUGUGCUGAAUAAAGACAAAUGUAUCCUCAGAAUCCAGUGUGGCUGCAAAGAUGCCCAGGGUGCUCCCAUUCCGGAAGGCAAGACUUGGCUCUCCAGUGGAUGUACCCAGAGCUGUACCUGCAAGGAAGGGGCUGUUCAGUGUCAGGGCUUCAAAUGCCCGACAGGGUCCCGUUGCCAGCUCAGCGAAAAUGGCAGCAGUAACUGUGCCACCAGUGCUCUGAAAUGCCCGGCCCACAGCCUCUACACCAGCUGCCUUCCGUCCUGUCUACCUUCCUGCUUGGACCCCGAGGGCCUCUGCCAGGGCUCCAGCCCGAAAGGCCCCUCCACCUGCAAGGAGGGCUGUGUCUGCAGAGCUGGCUACGUGCUGCAUAACGACAAGUGUACACUUAGAAUUCACUGUGCCUGCAAAAUCUCCAAGGGUAACCUCAUCCAGACUGGCCAGACAUGGAUCUCCUCUGACUGUACCCAGAUUUGUGAAUGCAAGGGAGGGCUCUUUCAGUGCCACAAUUUCCAGUGCCCCUCGGGAACCCAGUGCAAAGUAUAUGAAGAUGGAAGCAGUAACUGUGUCUCCAAGAAGCUGCAGUGCCCAGCCAAUAGCCUCUACACCAACUGCCUUCCCUCCUGUUUACCUUCCUGCUCCAACCCGAAUGGCCUCUGUGAGAGUGUGGGCAACAAAGCCCCCUCCACCUGCAAGGAGGGCUGCGUCUGUCGACCGGGCUUCCUGAUCAAUAAGGACAAGUGUGUGCCCAAAGACCAAUGUGGCUGCAAAGAUGCCAAGGGUGACUUGAUCCCGGCAGGCAAGACCUGGAUCUCCAGUGGCUGCACCCAGAGCUGUGCCUGUGUGGAUGGUGGUGUUCAGUGCCGGAACUUCGUCUGCCCCACGGGGUCCCACUGCCAGCACACUGAAGAUGGCAGCAGUAACUGUGCAGCCAACAAAUUGGAAAAAUGUACCGUCUUUGGGGACCCCUAUUACCAUACUUUUGAUGGCUUCACCUACCGAUUCCUGGGCCGGAUGAACUACUAUCUCAUUAAGACAGUGGACAAGCUCCCAGAGGGGGUCGAGCAGCUGGUCACGGAGGGGCGCAACAAGAUAUCCUCCAAAGGAAGUCCAACCUUGCAUGAAAUGACCGUCAUCGUCUAUGGUUAUAAAAUCCAGCUCCAAGAAGGGCUGGUGGUUUUGGUCAACAAUCAAAAGGUGGCAAUCCCCUACAAUCCAAAUGACCAUCUGCAGAUCAUGUUGCGGUCACAACGCCUGAUUCUCAUCACUGACUUUGAAAUGGUGGUGGACUUCGAUGGAAAGCACAGUGCAGUGAUCUCCUUGCCUACCAUGUACCGUGGGCUGAUACGGGGUCUGUGUGGAAACUAUGACAAGAACCAAGCCAAUGAUUUCAUGUUGCCCAAUGGAAUGCUUACCUCAAACCUCAAUAUCUUUGGCAGCAGUUGGGAGGUGAAGGUGGUAAAUGUCCUCUUCCGAUCACCAAGGGCCCUGCCAGAAGACGAUGGAGGAGAGGAAGAACCCGAGCUUCUACUGUCAGAGUGCAGCCCGGAGCAGACAGCACUCAUCAGCAGCACCCAGGCCUGUAGGGUGCUGGUGGACCCCCAGGGCCCCUUUGCUGCCUGUCACCAGAUCAUAGCCCCAGAGCCCUUCGAGCAGCACUGUAUGUCUGAUAUGUGCACUGGUUGGAAAACCAAAGAAGAAGAGGAACUUCGAUGCCGGGUCCUCAGUGGAUAUGCCAUCAUUUGCCAGGAGGCAGGUGCCAACAUGACUGGCUGGCGGGACCAGACACACUGUGCCAUGACAUGCCCUGCCAAUACUGUGUACCAGCACUGUAUGACACCCUGCCCAGCAUCCUGUGCCAAAUUUGUGACCCCCAAGGUCUGUGAUGGCCCCUGUGUGGAAGGCUGUGCCAGCAUCCCAGGCUACAUCUACAGUGACACCCAGAGCCUCCCAGUGACCCACUGCGGGUGCACCACCAAUGGCAUCUAUUACAAGCUGGGUGACAGCUUUGUAACUGACGACUGCUCCCAGCACUGUACCUGUGCAAGUCAGGGGACCCUGCUGUGUGAGCCCUAUGGCUGCAGAGCUGGAGAGUCCUGCACCGUGGCCAACUUUACUCGAGGCUGCUUCCGGGAUAGCCCGUGUCUACAGAACCCCUGUCACAAUGAUGGCCGCUGUCAGGAGCAGGGAGCCACCUUCAUCUGCCACUGUGACCUUGGUUAUGGAGGAGAAUUCUGCACAGAACCUCGGGAUAUCCCAUCUAGAAAAAAGCUAGAAUCAUCCAGCUUAGUGGCCAUCCUGCCAGGGGUGCUUGUGAUGGUGUUAGUCCCUGUCUUACUGCCCAGAGUGUAUGUUUACAUGACGACGAGAACUGCCAUGGCGAGGAGGAGGGGGGAGAAACUGUUGAGACAAAGUAGACCCAGGCUGGAAGACACAGGUGAGAACCAGCCCUGGGGGCGUGCAAGUCCUGGCCAAGAGGUGAGUCCUCCUCCAACGUGGGUUUCUUUGCUCUCUCCUCAGAUGUUCCAGAGCCUUCCUUCAAAGCCACUGAGUUCUGACUUGUCCUCAAACAGACAGAUAAAAAUAAUUUAUUUUUUUAAAUACUCUUUCUUUUACAUUUGUUACUGUGUGGUUGUGUGUUGUCCCACCCCCACCAUUUUACAGCGCCCACCACUGCACUGCGUCAGGCCAUGGGAGGAAGACUCAGGUCAUCAUCCGUGCAACCAGCACAUCGCCAACUGA